GCAAAAUUUUCCAUGACAAGUGCUACAAGCCUACAACAACUCCUCUCUAUCACUGGUCUAGCUCGUGUUGGGUCUCUGCAAUUGGCUCGGUUGAAGAGCUCCAUGCUUUGAUUGAUUCUUUCUUUAUCUUUCCCAUAAGAAAUAUUACACUUUUCUUUUGUAUCUUCCUGAGGAAAAUAACAUAAAUAAGAAGAUGGGUUGGAUUCCCUGCUCUGGAAAAUCAAGCAGUAAAGCUAAAACCAAGAAGAAGAAGAAUCAGCAGGAAAACCCAGUUGAUCAGAUCAAACCCACUUCAGGUAUUUUCAAGACAACUUCAUCCAUAAAUGAGAAGGAGGCUUCCAGUAAUGGAGGAUCUGAUCACAUUGCAGCACAGACAUUUACAUUCCGUGAGUUGGCAGCUGCAACCAGAAACUUCAGGGCAGAAUGUCUCUUGGGCGAGGGAGGUUUUGGUCGAGUAUACAAAGGGCGUUUGGAAAGCACUAGCCAGGUCGUAGCUAUCAAGCAACUUGAUCGUAAUGGCUUGCAGGGGAACAGGGAAUUCCUGGUUGAAGUUUUGAUGUUAAGUCUUCUUCAUCACCCUAACCUUGUUAACCUUACUGGUUAUUGUGCUGAUGGUGACCAAAGGCUUCUUGUUUAUGAAUAUAUGUCCCUAGGAUCUUUGGAAGACCAUUUACAUGCUUACUUUGCAGACAUUACCCCAGGAAAGAAACGACUCGACUGGAAUACAAGAAUGAAAAUAGCAGCUGGGGCAGCCAAAGGAUUGGAAUAUUUACAUGACAAAGCUAGCCCUCCUGUUAUAUACAGAGAUCUGAAAUGCUCCAACAUUUUGCUGGAUCAAGGGUAUCAUCCAAAGCUUUCUGAUUUUGGCUUAGCAAAACUCGGGCCUGUUGGGGAUAACACGCAUGUGUCCACAAGGGUAAUGGGAACCUAUGGCUAUUGUGCUCCAGAGUACGCAAUGACCGGUCAAUUGACUUUGAAAUCAGAUGUAUAUAGUUUUGGGGUAGUUCUUCUGGAAAUUAUUACAGGCAGGAAAGCAAUUGACAAUUCAAGAGCUACAGGAGAGCAGAACUUGGUUGCUUGGGCAAGACCCUUGUUUAAAGACCGGAGGAUAUUUUCGCAAAUGGCAGAUCCUAUGCUCCAAGGUCAAUAUCCUGCAAGAGGUCUGUACCAAGCUCUUGCUGUUGCAGCAAUGUGUGUUCAAGAGCAGCCUAAUAUGCGACCCGUCAUAGCUGAUGUCGUCACUGCUUUGACUUACCUCGCUACACAAAAAUACGACCCUGAUACUCAACCAGUUCAAAGUUCUCGCUUUCCCCCUGGUACUCCUAAAUCCAAGAGAGAUAGUGAGAAGAAAUCUCCAUGGUGGUAGUGGAUGUGAAACCAUAUUAUUUUGGGAUAUUGUUAUAGACAUGUAGACUUCUCUACUGCUUUGGGGAUUGCCUUCACAUACUCGUAGGGUAAAACCUACUACUGGUUAUGGCUGAUGAUGAGAUACAUAGCUCAGACCUUUGUGAAUGCUUCUUCUCACUUGCAUCUCAUUCACUCCACAGUUAUAAAAUUUCCUUGUCAUACCAAUAAAAGUCGGCACUUUUGCUUCUCCUUUUUUUGCUUUUUGUUAGGAAUAUUUUUUUACUAGUUUUACUACCAAGAAGGUGGGUAGUAGUGGGUAUUGAUUGUAUAAAUCUGCAUUCUUUAUACUAUCUUAGGUGUCUUUCUUUUACAUGAUUUCACCUUGGGAGUUUUGUUGUACAGCUCUGCCUUUUAUUGAACUUUAUGAAGGGUUGUGUAAAUUUUGAAUGAUUAAAACAUUAUUAUUUAUUGCUACACAUAUGCAUAUGCUAGAUUUUCUGAUCUU